UUUUAUCAAUUUUUAUCACUGAUAUGUCAGCAGUUUUUAUUUUAUUAGUGCCUUGGCGGGUCACGAAUAAAACGCGGUGGGUCACUUUGUGACCCGCGGGUCAGUGGUUCGCCAUCCCUGUUAUAGGGGGACCUAUGAAAAUCCUCCUUCUGAAAGUGACUCUCAUGACAAAUUUCCCCAAGGGAAUAUUCCCCCUCCAAACAAAAUUCCAUCCUAAACACGAUGUAUUAUGUGGCCAUCUUUCACCCUUUGAAAUUUCACUCAUGGAAAAUGUUCUCCAAAGGAGAUUCCACCCAGACAAAAUCCAACCCCAUUUUAUUGAUUCUCAUAUUGAUUGUCAUAAGUUUACAUUUUUUGCUGGAAUUUAUGGCUAUUUUUGACUGACAUUUUAUGGCCAUAUUGUUAUCUUUAUGAUGUUAAGAAUUAUACAGAUAAGAAUGUAUUUUCAAACUAGCAUUUUUUUCCAAUAUUUAUAUCAGAUCGUGCUGGACAUUCCAUGCUACAUCAUUAUUUUUAUAUGUGUUUUUAGUUGUAUGAGUUACUUAUUCCUGAGUAAUAGAGAUCAAUAUUCACGGUUACUACGGUAUCUACCUAGAGCCAAAAAAAGGCACAGGUGUCAAAAGGUUAUUUUUUGGGGGGGGGGAACUUAACAACGGCAGAAACGCAGAAUAAAAAUGAGAAAGUAAUCAUACAGCCCAUCUACCACCCCCAAAUGUGUGAACAUAUUAAUCAUUAAAUAGCAUAAACACAUAGUUUUAAAUGUUAACUUCACUGAGUCAAAACAUAGGUCAAAUCAUUUAUAUUUAUCGCUACCAACAAUUUGCUUCAGUUGUUUUUGGUGAUGGAUAAUUGAUCUGUCACAAUAAUAACACAGCGAAGCGUGCCGUGAAUAUGCGUUUCCUAUAAUAAUGAGCAUCAUCUCUCGUUUCCUUGGAAUCUUUGUACCCAAAACACAAACGAGUCAUCCAUGUUUCUAAGACAAAAUAAGCACGCAACUUAAAAAUAGGCACUUUUCUUAGAAAUAAGCACAUCGAUACGUUAUAGUACGCGGGCUGGAAAAUAAGCACAAAUCUUACAAAUAAGCAUGGUAUGGUAACCCUGGCUGUAUUGCUAGGAGGUCUAAAAUGAAAUUUAAAAUCUUUCAAAAUGUUUUGUGUGAUUUUGUUCAAACAAUAAAUUUCAUUUUACUUUUUAUCCAUAUGCCAUGCAUAUGACCAGGGAUUCAUUUAUUUUCAGGAUAUUUCAAGUGAAAAUGGUGCAGGAAAUAUUUAUGACAAUUCAUAACAAUAACUACUGUUAAGACUUAUUUUUUAGUUUAUCAGCCCCUUCUUUUUGCUUCCCUCCAAGUGUGCCCAGUCUUCCUCUUCAAGCGAUUAUAUUAAGUAGAACAAUUUAUAUUUAUCUUGUAUAUAUAUAUUAGUCUUGAAUAUAUGAUUUUGUUUUUAAAAUCUACUUGGAAUAGAAGUGUUGGGGUUGUUUAUUAUUUGAAAUAUGUCCAUCUUAUUUAUGUUUACCGGUAUUUCAUUUAUUGAUAAAAAUAAUAGUACAGUAUUAGACAAUUUGGUAAUUCUGUCAUUCCAGAGUUCUGUGAAUACACACACAAAUAUAUAGGGUGUCCAUAAAGUCCUGAUUAUUUUCUAAAUUGCAAAGGGAUUUUAUCGAUACCAUAUAUUGCUUUGGCGCUUACAGAUGUAUUAAAUGAAAUUAAAAUACUGAAAUAAUAACUGAUUAGAAAACAACAAACCUGGUUACGAUAUAAUGAGAACUGACUUCAUAACAAAACUGAAAUUGUAAAGGGUCUUUAUCGACACCCUAUGUCUUUAAUGCUUUAUCUGACUGAGUUGAAAUAUGCUUGUCUGAGGAAAUCUCAUCUUGGUCACAUAUAUAAAAGAAAUACAUUUGUGUUAGUGUGCAGCACCGGCAGGCUUCUUGAAGUUUGUAGACUAGAUCAGGGCUACUCAACUGGCGGAACGCGGUCCGAAUCCGGACCUUUCGGGUAUUCGAUUCGGACCGCGCAUAAUUCUUCAUUUUGGAUCAUUAGCCCCACUUUUGAAGUUUUCUUCUAUAAAAUCACUUUUAUAGAUUUAAAAAUAUGUAUGAAAAGAACUAUACCGCCAUAACAAACAAUCUUGAUUAGCUAAUAAUCAUCAGUCUGCCGAGAAAUCGUAUGCUUUUGUAUGUGGACCUCCGGUAAAAAUAGUUGAGUAGCCCCUGGACCAGAUCAGUGGUUUCCAACCCAAAUUUUUCAAAAAAGAAAUUUUGUAAAAUCUUGCGACUCAAGAAUAUGAUCGGAUACUGGCAGGGAGCGUUCCAUGGCCGCAAAAUUAAAUGAUAAAUAAUAUAAAACAAACAUUAAUACUUGACAUUUUUUGGCCAGAAAUGAAUAGCCUCCAUGUUAGUAACCGGCGUUUGUUUGCAUCAGUACAUUUUAAAAUGGUGUGUCGUGGCUUUACUUAGAGCUGCCAAGUUUUCACGCAGUGAUAAUUCCCACACAUACAAUUCGAUUAUUAAUAUUCAUUCGUUUGACAUUCCAUGUUGUAAUUCUAUAUUUCAAAGCAAGUUUUGGGUACUGUGCAAAAUUAUAAAAUUUUUGAUACGAAAACUUACUCUGAAUAAAUUUGGAAAACUGACAGACUUUGAGAGACUCUGGGGAUUAUGAAAAUAUAACUCAAAUACCAAAAAAUGCUAGACUUCAACAUUUUAGCACUCUUUACUGCUCUUACUAUGCUUUCUUUAUGUAUAAUGGAAUAAAUAAUUUGAAAUGUAAUAAUUUCGUCUUAUAUUUUAGAUAUUUUAGACUAUUUUGCCGUUGAAUUUAACGUUUCAAGCUUAAAGAUGUGUACAAUGCCAAUGGUGCUUAUGACUGUACGAGAUGAAAAAUAUGGUGUCAGCCAAAUGUUCAUAGACGUUGUUGAAAAGCAUUUUGAUAUUGUAUGGAUAGCAGAGUUUGAGAAGGAUAUGCAGAUGCAAAAGUGGAGUAAUAUUGUCGGGAUUAUCAUAUGGGGGCCUCAGAGGAUUUCGAAGGCCUGGCUUGAUGCUCUCCCGAAUUUAAAAGUUAUUGCUGCUAUAGGAGCGGGAUACAACCAUAUUGACGUCGCCAUGGUCAAAAGUUAUGGAGUCAAGGUGUCCAAUACUCCUCAUAUACUCAGUUCUGCCACAGCUGAAAUGGGGAUGACUCUUAUGCUUGCGGCCGCAAGAGAUUUUAUCAAUUCUGUUGCAAAAUACAAAGAACCAGAUUAUACUCGGUUGGAGAUGAAUGCUGUAACACAUCAAGUCAGUGGUUCAACGCUCGGAAUAGUUGGGAUGGGAAGCAUUGGUUACAUUGUAGCAAAACGUGCCCAGGCUUUCGAUAUGAAAAUUCUUUAUCACAACAGAAAUAAGAGGCCUGAAUCUGAAGAGCAAGCAGUUGGGGCGACGUACUAUCCUAAGCUGAAUGAUAUGCUACCUUUGUGUGACUUUGUAAUCGUUGUUGUCUGUUUAACUGAGGAAACAAAACACAUCAUGGGUGCAGAGCAGUUCAAGAAAAUGAAGAAUUCUGCUAUUUUUAUUAAUAUAUCGAGAGGUGCAACAGUCGACCAAGAAGCUUUAGUCAAUGCUUUGAAGACGGGAGAAUUUCAUUCAGCUGCAUUGGAUGUCACCACACCAGAACCAUUGCCCAGGGAUCAUGAUCUACUCAAGAUGUCUAAUGUGAUUAUUUCACCUCAUGCCGGAUCGCAGACCAGUACAACAAGGAGGAAAAUGAUUCAACUUGCUGUGGACAAUGUAUUGGCAGGAGUCAGAGGACAAAAAUUGCCAACAGAAGUGCCAGAGAGUAUGUCAUGAUCAGAGAGUUACCUCCAUUCACACCUCCAUGCAUAACUUCAUAAUUUAUCAAACUGCCUCAUUAAAUCACUGUUACCAUCAUGUUUUAAUUUUUGUUACUAAUAGGAAUAUUACUAGUGAUGUCUAAAAAACGUAAAACAAAAUUCGAAAAUAGUGCUUUGCGAAAAAUAAGUAAGAAUUCACAAAAUCGAAAAUACCAUUAUUUUGUGCAGUAUAUAGUUUUUUUUUCGUAGAGUUUGAUUGUUGUUAUAAGUUUGUUGUUUUUUAUUCAAAAUUGAUGGAAAAUAACAAAUUAUUCGUAUAUUAAACAUUUUUAGGCUGUGGAUCAAACUUCCAAACCAUUUUUUCUGCAACAAGGGGUUAUUUGUUAAAGAGAACACCUCAAAACAUUACUCUAAUAAGUCGUUAUUGGUGGUUAUAUAUCAUUCUUUUCUCUGGUGGCUUUGCAAUCAUUUUUUUCCAUAUAAUUUCCAAGUGUUCAAUUCAUGUGCAAUAUGAUAUUAAUUAUAUAAUUUUUCAUUCAAUACUGCAAUUAAAUUGCUUUUACAUGAA